GCUGGUGUCACCACUACUACAGAUGUUCCAACAACAACAAUUACAGCCGGUGUCACUACUAAUACUGAUGUUCCAACAACAACAAGUACUGCCGGUGUCACUACUACUACUGAUGUUCCAACAACAACUAGUACUGUCGGUGUCACUACUACUACCGAUGUUCCAACAACAACAAGUACUGCCGUUGUCACUACUACUACGGAUGUUCCAACAACAACAAGUACUGCCGGUGUCACUACUACUACAGAUGUUCCAACAACAACAAGUACUGCCGGUGUCACUACUACUACAGAUGUUCAAACAACAACAACUACGGCCGGUGUCACUACUACUAUAGAUGUUCCAACAACAACAAGUACUACCGGUGUCACUACUACUACUGAUGUUCCAACAACAUCAAGUACUGCCGGUGUCACUACUACUACUACUGAUGUUCCGACCACAACAAGUACUGCCUUUGUCACUACUACUACUGAUGUUCCAACAACAACAAGUACUGCCGGUGUCACUACUACUACUGCUGUUCCAACAACCACAAGUACUGCCGGUGUCACUAUUACUACUACUUAUGAUGUUUCAACAACAACAAGUACUGCCGGUGUCACUACUACUACUGAUGUUCCAACAACAACAAGUACUGCCGGUGUCACUACUACUACUGAUGUUCCAACAACAGCAAGUACUGCCGGUCUCACUACUACUACUGAUGUUCCAACAACCACAAGUACUGCUGGUGUCACUAUUACUACUACUUAUGAUGUUUCAUCAACAACAAGUACUGCCGGUGUCACUACUACUACUGAUGUUCCACCAACAACGAGUACAGCGGGUGUCACAACUACUACUACUAAUGAUGUUUCAACAACGACAAGUACAGCGGGUGUCACUACUACUUCUACUACUACCGAUGUUUCAACAACAACAAGUACUGCCGGUGUCACUACUACUACUGAUGUUCCAACAACAACGAGUACUGCCGGUGUCACUUCUAAUACUGAUGUUCGAACAACAAGUACUGCCGGAGUCACUACUACUACAGAUGUUCCAACAACAAGUACUGCCGGAGUCAAUACUACUACAGAUGUUCCAACAGCAACAAGUACUGCUGGGGUCACCAGUACGACAGCUGUUCCAACAACCACAACUACUGCCGGUGUCACUACUACUACAGAUGUUCCAACAACCACAACUACUGCCGGUGUCACUACUACUACUGAUGUUCCAACAACCACAACUACGGCCGGUAUGUUCCAACCACAACAAGUACUGCCGGUGUCACUACUACUACUGAUGUUCCAACAACAACAAGUACUGCCGGUGUCACUACUACUAGAGAUGUUCCUACUACCACUACUACGGCCGGGGUCACUACUACUACUGAUGUUCCAACAACCACUACUACUACAGAUGUUCCAACAACAACAAGUACUGCCGGUGUCACUACUACUACAGAUGUUCCUACUACCACUACUACGGCCGGUGUCACUACUACUACUGAUGUUCCAACAACCACAAGUAAUGCCGGAGUCACUACUACUACUGAUGUUCCAACAACAUCAAGUGCUGCCGGUGUCACUACUACUCCAGAUGUUCCAACAACAACAAGUACUGCCGGGGUCACUACUACUACAGAUGUUCCUACUACCACUACUACGGCCGGUGUCACUACUACUAAUGAUGUUCCAACAACCACAAGUACUGCCGGUGUCACUACUACUACUAGUGAUGUUCCAACAACAACAAUACUACCGGUGUCACUACUCUACUUAUGAUGUUUCAACAACAACAAGUACUGCCGGUGCAAGUACUGCCGGUGUCACUACUACUACUAGUGAUGUUCCAACAACAACAAGUACUGCCGGAGUCACUUCUACUACAGAUGUGCCAACAACAACAAUUACUGCCGGAGUCACUACUACUACAGAUGUUCCAACAAAAACAAGUACUGCCGGUGUCACUUCUAAUACUGAUGUUCCAACAACAAGUACUGCCGGAGUCACUUCUACUACAGAUGUUCCAACAACAACAAUUACUGCCGGAGUCACUACUACUACAGAUGUUCCAACAACAACAAGUACUGCUGGUGUCACCACUACUAUAGAUGUUCCAACAACCACAACUACUGCCGGUGUCAUUACUACUACAGAUGUUCCAACAACAACAAGUACUGCUGGUGUCACCACUACUACUGAUGUUCCAACAACCACAACUACGGUCGGUGUCACUACUACUACUGAUGUUCCAACAACAACAAGUACUGCCGGUGUCACUACUACUACUGAUGUUCCAACAACAACAAGUACUGCCGGUAUCACAAGUACUUCUGAUGUUCCAACAACCACACGUAAUGUUGGUGUCACUACUACUACAGAUGUUCCAACAACAACCAGUACUGCCGGUGUCAAUACUGCUACUGAUGUUCCAACAACAACAAGUACUGCCGGUGUCACUACUACUACUGAUGUUCCAACAACCACAACUACGGCCGGUGUCACUACUACUACUGAUGUUCCAACAACAACAAGUACUGCCGGUGUCACUACAACUACAGAUGUUCCAACAACCACAACUACUGCCGUUGUCACGUCUAAAACCAAUGUUCCAACUACAACAAUUACUACCGGUGUCGCCACUACUACAGAUGUUUCAUCAACAACUACUGCCGGUGUCACCACUCCUACAGUUUUACAAACAACAAAAUCAACAACAAUUGGUCCUACAACCACUGCUGGUCCUACAGAAUCCACGACAACUGGUCCUACAACCACUGCUGGCCUAACAGAAUCCACGACAACUGGUUCUACAACCACUGCUGGCCCAACAGAAUCCACGACAACUAGUGCAAUAACCACUGCUGGUCCAACAGAAUCCACGACAACUGGUCCUACAACCACCACUGGUCCUACAGAAUCAACGACAACUGGUCCUACAACCACUGCUGGUCCUACAGAAUUAACGACUACUAGUCAAACGACAACUGCUGGUUCUACAGAAUCCACCACAACUGGUCCUACAACCACUGUUGGUGUUACAGAAUCCACGACAACUGGUCCAACAACCACCGCUGGUCCUACAGAAUCAACGACAACUGGUCCUACAACCACCGCUGGUCCUACAGAAUCCACGACAACUGGUCCUGCAACCACUGCUGGUCCAACAGAUUCAAAGACAACUGGUCCUACAACCACUGUUGGUCUUACGGAAUCCACGACAACUGGUUCUACUACCACUGCUGGUCCAACAGAAUCCACGACAACUGGUCCUACAACCACUUCUGGCCCAACAGAAUCCACGACAACUGGUCUAUCAACCACUGCUGGCCCAACAGAAUCCACGACAACUGGUCCUUCAACCACUGCUGGUCCAACAGAAUCCACGACAACUGGUCCUACAACCACUGUUGGUCUUACAGAAUCUACGACAACUGGUCCUACAACCACCGCUGGUCCUAAGGAAUCAACGACAACUGGUCCUACAACCACCGCUGGUCCUACAGAAUCCACGACAACUGGUCCUGCAACCACUGCUGGUCCAACAGAAUCAAAGACAACUGGUCCUAAAACCACUGUUGGUCUUACGGAAUCCACGACAACUGGUUCUACUACCACUGCUGGCCCAACAGAAUCCACGACAACUGGUCCUACAACCACUGUUGGUCUCACAGAAUCCACAACAACUGGUCCUACAACCACCGCUGGUCCUACAGAAACAACGACAACUGGUCCUACAACCACUGCUGGUCCUACAGAAUUAACGACUACUAGUCAAACGACAACUGCUGGUUCUACAGAUUCCACGACAACUGGUCCUACAACCACUGUUGGUGUUACAAAAUCCACGACAACUGGUCCAACAACCACCGCUGGUCCUACAGAAUCAACGACAACUGGUCCUACAACCACUUCUGGCCCAACAGAAUCCACGACAACUGGUAUAUCAACCACUGCUGGCUCAACAGAAUCCACGACAACUGGUCCUACAACCACUGUUGGUCCUACAGAAUCCAAGACAAUUGGUUCUACUACCACUGCUGGCCCAACAGAAUCCACGACAACUGGUCAUACAACCACUGCUGGCCCAACAGAAUCCACGACAACUGGUCCAACAACCACUGUUGGUCCUACAGAAUCAACGACCACCGGUCUAACAACAACUACUGGUCCUACAACCACUGCUGGCCCAACAGAAUCCACGACAACUGGUCCUACAACCCCCGCUGGUCCUACAGAAUCAACGACAACUGGUCCUACAACCACUUCUGAAUCCACGACAACUGGUCCUACAACCACUGUUGGUCCUACAGAAUCUACGACAACUGGUCCUACAAUCACCGCUGGUCCUACAGAAUCAACGACAACUGGUACUACAACCACCGCAGGUCCUACAGAAUCCACGACAACUAGUCCUGCAACCACUGCUGGUCCUACAGAAUCAACGACCACCGGUCUAACAACAAUUACUGGUCCUACAACCACUGCUGGCCCAACAGAAUCCACGACAACUGGUCCUACAACCACUGCUGGCCCAACAGAAUCCACAACAACUGGUCCUACAACCACUGCUGGUCUUACAGAGUUCACGACAACUGGUCCUACAACCACCGCUGGUCCUACAGAAUCAACGACAACUGGUCCUACAACCACUGCUGGUCCUACAGAAUCAACGACCACCCGUCUAACAACAACUACUGGUCCUACAACCACUGCUGGCCUUACAGAAUCCACGACAACUGGUCCUACAUCCACUGCUGGCCCAACAGAAUCCACGCCAACUGGUCCUACAACCACUAAUCCACAACAACUAGUCCUACAACCACCGCUGGUCCUACAGAAUCCACGACAACUGGUCCUACAACCACUGUUGGUCUCACAGAAUCCACAACAACUGGUCCUACAACCACCGCUGGUCCUACAGAAUCAACGACAACUGGUCCUACAACCACUGCUGGUCCUACAGAAUCAACGACUACUAGUCAAACGACAACUUUUGUUCCUAGAGAAUCCACGACAACUGGUCCUACAACCACUGUUGGUGUUACAGAAUCCACGACAACUGGUCCUACAACCACCGCUGGUCCUACAGAAUCCACGACAAAUGGUCCUACAACCACUGUUGGUCUUACAGAAUCCCCGACAACGGGUCCUACAACCACUGUUGGUCUUACAGAAUCCCCGACAACGGGUCCUACAACCACUGUUGGUCCUACAGAAUCUACGACAACUGGUCCUACAAUCACCGCUGGCCCUACAGAAUCAACGACAACUGGUCCUACAACCACUGCUGGUCUUACAGAAUCCACGACAACUGGUCCUGCAACCACUGAUGGUCCUACAGAAUCCACGACAACUGGUCCAACAACCACCGCUGGUCCUACAGAAUCAACAACUGGUCCUACAACCACUUCUGGCCCAACAGAAUCCACGACAAAUGGACCACCGCUGGUCCUACAGAAUCCACGACAACUGGCCCUGCAACCACUGCUGGUCCUACAGAAUCCACGCCAACUGGUCCUACAACCACUGUUGGUCUUACAGAAUCCCCGACAACGGGUCCUACAACCACUGUUGGUCUUACAGAAUCCCCGACAACGGGUCCUACAACCACUGUUGGUCUUACAGAAUCCCCGACAACGGGUCCUACAACCACUGUUGGUCCUACAGAAUCUACGACAACUGGUCCUACAAUCACCGCUGGUCCUACAGAAUCAACGACAACUGGUACUACAACCACCGCUGGUCCUACAGAAUCAACAACUGGUCCUACAACCACUUCUGGCCCAACAGAAUCCACGACAAAUGGACCACCGCUGGUCCUACAGAAUCCACGACAAAUGGUCCUACAACCACUGCUGGUCCAACAAAAUCCACGACAAUUGGUCUUACCACCACUGUUGGUCUUACAGAAUCAACAACAACUGGUCUUACAACCACCGCUGGUUCUACAGAAUCAACGACAACUGGUCCUACAACCACUGCUGGUCCAACAAAAUCCACGACAACUGGUCCUACAACCACUGUUGGUCCUACAGAAUCAACGACUUCUAGUCAAACCACAUCUGCUGGCCCAACAGAAUCCACGACAACUGGUCCUACAACCACUGCUGGUCUUACAGAGUUCCCGACAACUGGUCCUACAACCACUGUUGGUCCAACAGAAUCCACGACAACUGGUCCUACAACCACCGCUGGUCCUACAGAAUCCACGACAACUGGUCUUGCAACCACUGCUGGUCCUACAGAAUCCACGUCAACUGGUCCUACAACCACUGUUCGCCCAACAGAAUCCACGACAACUGGCCCUACAACCACUGUUGGUCCAACAGAAUCCACGACAACUGGUCCUACCACCACGGCUGGUCCGACAGAAUCAACGACAACUGGUCCUACAAUCACUGCUGGUCCUACAGAAUCAACGACUACUAGUCAAACCACAACUGCUGGCCCAACAGAAUCCACGACAACUGGUCCUACAACCACUGCUGGUCUGACAGAGUUCACGACAACUGGUCCUACAACCACCGCUGGUCCUACAGAAUCAACGACAACUAGUCAAACCACAACUGCUGGCCCAACAGAUUCCACGACAACUGGUCCUACAACCACGGCUGGGCCGGCAGAAUCAACGACAACUGAAUCCACGACAACUGGUCCUGCAACCACUGUUGGUCCUACAGAAUCCACGACAACUGGUCUUGCUGGUCCUACAGAACCAACGACUACUAGUCAAACCACAACUGCUGGACCAACAGAAUCCACGACAACUGGUCCUGCAACCCCUGCUGGUCCUACAGAAUCCACGUCAACUGGUCCUACAACCACUGUUGGCCCAACAGAAUCCACGACAACUGGUCCUACAACCACUGCUGGUCCUACAGAAUCAACGACUUCUAGUCAAACGAAAACUGCUGGUCCUACAGAAUCCACGACAACUGGUCCUACAACCACUGUUGGUGUUACAGAAUCCACGACAACUGGUCCUGCAACCACCGCUGGUCCUACAGAAUCCACGACAACUGGUCCUACAACCACUGCUGGUCCUACAGAAUCCACGACAACUGGUCCUGCAACCACUGCUGGUCCUACAGAAUCCACGACAACUGGUCCUACAACCACUGCUGGUCCAACAAAAUCCACGACAACUGGUCCUACAACCACUGUUGGUCUUACAGAAUCAACAACAACUGGUCUUACAACCACCGCUGGUCCUACAGAAUCAACGACAACUGGUCCUACAACCACUGCUGGUCCUACAGAAUCAACGACUAUUAGUCAAACCACAACUGCUGGUCCUACAGAAUCCACGACCACAGGUCCAAUAACUACUGCUGGUCCUACAGAAUCAACGACUACUAGUCAAACGACAACUGCUGGUCCUACAGAAUCCACGACAACUGGUCCUACAACCACUUUUGGCCCAACAGAAUCCACGACAACUGGUCCUACAACCACCGCUGGUCCUACAGAAUCAACGACAACUGGUCCUACAACCACUUCUGGCCCAACAGAAUCCACGACAAAUGGUCCUACAACCACUGUUGGUCUUACAGAAUCCCCGACAACUGGUCCUACAACCACUGUUGGUCCUACAGAAUCCACGACAACUGGUUCUACUACCACUGUUGGCCCAACAGAAUCCAAGACAACUGGUCCUACAACCACUGCUGGCCCAACAGAAUCCACGACAACUGGUACUACAACCACUGUUGGUCUUACAGAAUCCACGACAACUGGUCCUACAAGCACGGCUGGUCCGACAGAAUCAACGACAACUGGUCCUACAACCACUGCUGGUCCUACAGAAUCAACGACUACUAGUCAAACCACAACUGCUGGUCCUACAGAAUCCACAACAACUGGUCCUGCAACCACUGCUGGUCCUACAGAAUCCACGACAACUGGUCCUUCAACCACUUCUGGCCCAACAGAAUCCACAACAACUGGUCCUGCAACCACUGCUGGUCCUACAGAAUCCAUGACAACUGGUCCUGCAACCACUGCUGGUCCAACAGAAUCCACGACAACUGGUCCUACAACCACUGUUGGUCUUACAGAAUCAACAACAACUGGUCUUACAACCACCGCUGGUCCUACAGAAUCAACGACAACUGUUCCUACAACCACUGCUGGUCCUACAGAAUCAACGACUAUUAGUCAAACCACAACUGCUGGUCCUACAGAAUCCACGACCACAGGUCCAAUAACUACCGCUGGUCCUACAGAAUCAACGACUACUAGUCAAACGACAACUGCUGGUCCUACAGAAUCCACGACAACUGGUCCUUCAACCACUUCUGGCCCAACAGAAUCCACGACAACUGGUCUAACAACCACCGCUGGUCCUACAGAAUCCCCGACAACUGGUCCUACAACCACUUCUGGCCCAACAGAAUCCACGACAAAUGGUCCUACAACCACUGUUGGUCUUACAGAAUCCCCGACAACUGGUCCUACAACCACUGUUGGUCCUACAGAAUCCACGACAACUGGUUCUACUACCACUGUUGGCCCAACAGAAUCCAAGACAACUGGUCCUACAACCACUGCUGGCCCAACAGAAUCCACGACAACUGGUCCUACAACCACUGUUGGUCUUACAGAAUCCACGACAACUGGUCCUACAACCACGGCUGGUCCGACAGAAUCAACGACAACUGGUCCUACAACCACUGCUGGUCCUACAGAAUCAACGACUACUAGUCAAACCACAACUGCUGGUCCUACAGAAUCCACGACCACGGGUCCAAUAACUACUGCUGGUCCUACAGAAUCAACGACAACUGGUCCUACAACCACUUCUAGUCCUACAGAUUCUACCACUGCCAGUCCUGUUAUCACUUCUACUCCUACAGAGUCUACCACUACCAGUUUUGCUACCACUACUACUCCUACAGAGUCUACCACUACUGUUACCACUACUACUCCUACAGAGUCUACCACUACCACUCCUGUUACCACUACUACUCCUACAGAGUCUACCACUACCACUCCUGUUACCAUUACUACUCCUGCAGAGUCUACCACUACCAGUUAUGUUACCACUACUACUACUCCUACAGAAUCUACCACCCCUGCAGCCACGUCUGCUGGAUUCUUUGCGUUCGGAGUAGAGCAAGGCGAUACGUUACUGACUGCAACAGAGACAUCAUCAGAUUUGAUAACGCCAGUUGUACCUUUGUCCACAACAAACCAAAACUUCAGAAGCGUUUCAAUUGGCGUCAAUGGUAUCAUUUCCCUUGAAUCAACUUUCUUCUCGGUGAAUCCCGAGUUAUUUGGUUCGUCAUCUUUAAACGUGAACCUCUUUGGACCUUACUGGAUGGACGUUGGUCAUGAAAGCGACACACGCAUCUUUUAUCAACUGUAUGACAAAAACAAUAUCCAACCUGGAACUGACCUAUCCAUCUUCCAGCAGAACGUCAAUUUAAUUGACCAGACUGUACGCAAAUACAAGGCGCAUUCGAACUACACGUCAAGAUGGUCAUUCGUCGCUACGUGGUACAAAGUCUACCCGGAAGUUUCGGCCAAUGCAACAAAUGAGCAUGUGUCCUUCCAGGCUGUCAUCACCACCAAUGGAGUCAAUUCCUACUAUAUGACACAGUAUUCAAACUUCAGCGUGGCACCAAUAAUUGGGAGGCGGAUAUCAAUUGGUUACAAGCUCGGAGCUCAGAUAGAACAGAAUCAAAAUUCCUUCCAGGUUUCCGCUACACAGAUGGAUACAUGGCAGGGGAAUCAGGAUCUUCCUGCAUUCUACUUUUACGAGUUAACGCCCUCUGACGCACAGGGUACCACGCCCCUUUUGGAGUGUAUCGACUGGUACAUUGGUAACCUUGACGGGACAGUGGUGAACCCCGACCCCUUCGCCGGUAUAGUUUUCGAUGCUAGCACGAUGUGUCCCUGUGAUUUCAUAACACGUGUCCUGGACUGGCGAUUCUCAAUCGUGCCAAGCUACACCCGAGAUGGCAUGUUCUGUGUGUCAGGGUAUUUAGAAAGUAUCUUCCCUGCCACAAGGGAGUGUUGCUACACCAGCAGGUUCGGAUUUUUAAUCCCACACGAGUCUCGUUUCCUUGCGAGACAUCCCUUACUCCUUGGCUUCGAGGCUCAAGAUGACAUUCCCAGGAGGAAGUGCUGUAAAGAAUCUAACGCCUGUGGCUAUUGGCAAAAACUCCGACCAACCACAACCAGCUGUCGUUCGAUAUCUCUCUUGAUGAUAGCGUUCUUGUUUGGUGAUCCUCAUUUUACGACUCUGGACAAUAAAGAAUUUAUCUUCAAUGGUAAAGGAGAGUACAUCAUGACUAAAGUCGAUACCCAGACGAUCAGCAUGGAGUUGCAGGCACGUACAGGACAGGCCACGAAUGAGAAUGGUACGGACGUGAACGCGACUAUCUUCACGGCAUUCGCUGGCAAAUAUGUCAAUGGCAACGCCUCGUUCCAGGUGGAGCUAUCUGAUGAUAAACAAACUAUGGCUAUAUAUCUGAACGGAAGGGACUUCACUUUCGCCUUUUACAACGACACGAGUUUCAGUACCGUCGUAAACGAACAGCUCAAUGCUGUGCGGCUCAAUGAUACUCUCUUCCUGGGUUUCAUCAAGACAGGUAUCUCAAUUCGUAUCCAAGUUGGUGCCCGGAUGUUGGCUAUAUCGCCGUCCUUACCUGACAACCUAAGAGGUUCUGUGACCGGGUUACUUGGAAACUUCAACGGUAACCCCGACGACGACUUCGUCUUUCCAAACGGGACAGUUCUCCCCAACGUCAAUAUGACGGACAAGGAGAUUUUCGACUACGCUCAAACAUGGGCUGUGAAUGAGACUGCAUCCUGUUUCGACUAUUUUGGAAAGACAUUUUCUACGUUCAACGAUCCGACAUUCGUCCCAGCUUUCCUAACAGACUUCAAUUCCAACCAGUUACAAGAGGCGCAAACGGUUUGUGGCAAACACCAAGGAGCAUGUGUCUAUGACUAUCUGGUCACGAAUGACGUAAAGGUGGCCAUGGCAACGGAUACAAUCGAAACCCAGGCUGCCAUAAGCCGAAAUAUCUUGGUAAAUACAGCACCAGAAGUUAGUGGCACCACAUUAUUAAAAGCAGAAGUCGGCAAAGAAUCAAGCUUCACAUUGACAGCGACUGAUGCGGAUCAGGCCAACAUUCCGUCUUAUGUUAUCAUCAAUCAACCUAUCUCCAACUUUAGUCUUGACGAGAAGACCGGACUUGUUAGCUGGACCCCUUCAAAUAAUGACUUAGCAGCGAUAAGUUUGACCGCUGUAGAUAACUACAAUGUGUCUGCCCCUCCUCUCGUGGUACAGAUCAUCCUAUGUUCUGGCUGUAGUGGGCGUGGCACAUGUGAUUACAACAAUACAAUCCCAUCUACGGACGAGAACUUCAAGCACGCUGUCUGCGUGUGUGACAUCGGCUAUGAAGGCACGGACUGUGAUGUGGAGACGGACGGGUGUGUCGGUAGCCCUUGCUCUGUCAAAAGGAAUUGUACAGACCUAACUCCGACCGAGGAGGUUAUGUAUGGAGCAUCAUUUAUCUGUUCCGAUUGCCCUGCUGGUUUUGAAGUGGUAGGAAGCAUAUGCAAAGACGUUAACGAGUGCCUGAACAGCAGUAUCAAUACAUGCAGCCAAAAAUGUAUAAACACGGAAGGAAGUUUCAUGUGUAGCUGUCUCGAGGGCUUCCUAGACAUCGAAGGCGUCUGUAUGGAUAUUGACGAAUGCGUCGAGGACACGGACGGGUGCGUACAGGAAUGUGUAAACAACGACGGCAGUUUCACUUGUACCUGUUUCUUCGGCUAUCUUAUACAAUCGGACGGCAAGACCUGUGUCAAAGAUGUUGAUGUUUGCGAAACGCUCAACUGUUCGUAUGCCUGCUCCAAUAAUACUGAUAACGGAAAUUUCGAAUGCGCAUGUCCAGGAGGUUACGAGGUUGAUGCAUCUGGGGGAAACUGUGUUGACAUCAACGAAUGUGAGAGGAACAUUUGUCAACAGGAGUGUACGAACACCGUUGGGAGUUACGAGUGUUCGUGCUUGGCAGGAUAUUACCUGGACCAGGAUAAAACGUCUUGUAAAGCAUGUGAAUACCCCUACUGGGGCCCUAAUUGUGCCAAUACCUGCACAUGUGGAGAGGGGGCGUCAGAAUGCAAUGUCGCUUUAGGAUGCCUGUGUAAGUCGGGAUGGACCGGAAGUGAGUGCAAAGCAGAUAUCAAUGAGUGUGAAAUCAACCCUCUCAUCUGCGGGGCGGACAAACGCUGCGAGAACAUCAACGGGUUCUACAGGUGUAAUUGUUUCCCCGGAUAUGAGAGCAUCAACAACACCUGUGUCAAUAUAAAUGAAUGUUUGUUGGCGACACUGCCAUGUACAAAUAACGCUGAGUGUGAGGAUAACGAUGGGGGAUUUACGUGUCAGUGUCCUACAGGCUACAUACAGGAUGGACCCUUCACGUGCGCUAACGUUGACGAAUGUGUAAAAGGCACACACAGCUGUAGCCAGAUCUGUGUGGAUGUAGACGGGAGCUAUAACUGCUUCUGUGAGGAUGGCUUCCAGCUAGCGUCUGAUAGGAAGACAUGUGUCAAAGUGUCCGACCCGUGUGUCGUAUUCACUGGACUUUCCUGUAGCUACGCCUGUCGUGUGAGCGGGGGAAACCCACAGUGUUAUUGUCCAAGCGGCUACCAACUGACCGCUGAUCAGCAGACAUGUGAAGAUGUGAAUGAGUGUACCGCAGAAACGGACUUGUGUACCCAAGACUGCUCCAACAACUUCGGAGGAUACACGUGCUCAUGCGCGGUCGGAUACCGCCUCGAAAAUGAUGGUCGCACAUGUGCAGCUUGUGAUGCUGACCAUUGGGGACAAGGAUGUGGCAAUUUAUGUAACUGUGGGUCUGUCGGCACCGAUCGCUGUGAUAAUGUGAUUGGUUGUGUGUGUAAGGACGGUUGGACAGGACCUCAGUGUACGGACGACGUCAAUGAGUGUUCGAUUCAAGAUCUGUGUCAAGGGAUCAACGAAGAAUGUCUCAACACGCCAGGGACAUACGAGUGCCGUUGUGCCACCGGAUACGCAAAUACAACGGGCACUUGUCAAGAUAUCAACGAGUGUAACACGACUAAUAUCUGUACCCAGGACUGUACUAAUACGGUGGGAAGCUACACCUGUUCUUGCUAUAGUGGGUUCGAGGGUUCAGACACAUGUACAGACAUCGAUGAGUGCAAACUUCAUCAGCACGGAUGUGACCAUUUCUGUUUCAACUCGGUCGGCAGUUACAGGUGUGAUUGUCGGGACGGAUACGAACUCGAACUCAUCAACCGUAAAAAAUGCAUAGUGAAAACCUCGUGUAAUAAUGCGACCUGUAGUCAGGCAUGCGCAGUAGACAGCAAUGGGAAGGAAUCUUGUGUAUGUGAACCAGGAUAUUUACUGGCAGACGACAAAGUGACAUGUAACAACAUAGAUGAAUGCGCCGAUAAUCCUUGUUCUCAUAAUUGUACCGAUUUGACACCGGGAUUCCAAUGUUCCUGUCCCUCUGGAUAUCGUCUAGGGUCCAACGGCGCCACGUGCACAGAAUGUGACCUUGGGCUUUAUGGAAUGAAUUGUAGCCAGGUUUGUGCAUGCGACAUCCAAAAUACGGUGUCGUGUGACAAAAUGAACGGAGAAUGCACGUGUAAGAGUGGAUGGAAUGGAACUAUCUGCGCGGACAAUAUUGACGAGUGUAGUCUCGGUCUCAGCAACUGUCCCUCUCUGACGAACUGCCAGGACACUGAUGGCUCCUUUGUGUGUAAUUGUAUCAGAGGACACACUAUAUCUAACAGCGGAGUGUGUGUGGAAUGUCCAAAUGGGCGAUACGGUAGCCAUUGUGACAGCAUAUGCACGUGUAACUUUAACCACACGGACACGUGUGAAAAGGUCAAUGGCACGUGUCACUGUAUGACCGGAUGGACAGGUACUAACUGUAAUACAAACAUUAACGAAUGUGACGUACCAACGAUAUGUGGACCGCACGCAAACUGCAGAGACACCGGCGGGUCUUACGAGUGUGACUGUGUCCAGGGAUACGCUAAAGCCGACAAUGGUUCCUGUAUAGACAUUAAUGAAUGUCUUGUGGGUGCACACAACUGUAGCCAGUAUGCUAAUUGUACCAAUACCGAAGCCUCUUUUACAUGCGCGUGUAAUCCUGGAUUUGAGGGAGAUGGGUAUACCUGCACAGAUAUUGAUGAAUGCGCCAAUGGUACAGACAUAUGCCUGCCAAUCGCCAACUGUACCAAUACCAUAGGAUCGUUCUACUGUAAAUGCGAAGAAGGCCUUCCAGGAGACGGAAUCGUAUCUUGCACAGGAUUCACUGGGCGGAUGUUCCGUUUGAUUGCAUCUCUUGUGUUCAGUGUCACGGACCCGCAAGCUUUGCAGAACACAUCUAGCCCAUACCACCAGGAGCUCGUCUCAAACCUAACUGAAGGGUUCACCGAUCUUUAUAACAGAACCAUUGAAUACUUUAAUGGUGUAAGAAUCACCGGAUUAAGCUUCAAUCAAAACGGCUCACUUAUAGUGGAACACGAGCUUUAUGUAGAAAAUAACACGGAUGCUGUCAAGCUUCUGAUCAAGGCAAUUGAAAACAUCAUUUAUGAACGCACACCUCUGAAUGCGGGAGGUCAGGACGUCCCCGUUAUCUUGUACGGCAUCAAGGGCUUAAACGGAGAAUUCCGCAAUUUCACGAGGGAUACCUUCAGUGCCUGUGAAAUACUUGAGGCUUUCCAGCCGUGUGGGAACGGAACGGUGUGUGCCUUCAUCGAUGGACUCUACUCCUGCCAAACACCACAGCCAAUAGAUAACUUCGGUAUCAUCAUGGGCCUUGGUGUAGGUGUGACCUUGUUGGUACUCUGCACGUGCUGUUGCUGCUUGUGGCUCGUGUUUAUGUGGCGUAGGAAAAGGAGGAGGCACCGACAGCUCGCGGAACUAACUAGGGAUAUGUCAAGGAGAGGCAGUGACUCAGAUGAAGUGAGUUCCAAAUUCUCCCGGCAUUCUAUCAAGCCAAUGUUUGACUUUGCUCCUCAUCGCGACCCAUUUUACCUGGGACACGUGGAGGAAGACGCCCCAGGCUGGAGCACCAACAGUUCCUCGGGUCAAAGGGACGACGACUUUGAUUCAGUGGACGAAGCGGAGCCUACUCGGAAUGACGCCCCGACCCGCCCCUACUCUAACUUCUCUUGGGAUUUCAUUUGGCCUUUUUCGCCGACGGAAGAGUUCCGUAUUCCAAGACCAACACAAUUACGAAAUCCAAAUCCUAUUUACGAGGACAACAAUCAAUAAUAUGGAAGUUGACUUUAACUAGCAAGAGAUGAUUCAAAGUGCUGUAGCCAGACUGUUUUUUAUCGAUAAGACCUGAUAUCACACAUACAAAAUACAGCCACUGCUGAUGUAUGCAUCAUUAUCAAAAUGUUUAGAUGUUACGAAAUUAUGUUAAUCAUAAAUUUUAUAUACAAAUUAAGAAGUUAGAAAUUCAAUUGAACUUUGUAAUUUGUAUUUUGCAAUACAAUGCAUACAAAAUGUUCUUGUCAAACGAUUAUGCGGAUUGUUUACUCAAUCAAUAUCCUGGUGAUAAUGGUUUCUUUAAGAUAUACCCCAUUUGGUUAUAGCCAUUCGUUAAUCCAGCAACCUCUGCUUAAACUCAAAGCCAGCUUAAACAAAAAGAAAAUUGAACUUUCUUUUUAUUGGUGAAUCGUGGACAAAUUUCGAAAAACAAACCACUAGUAUUUAGAGAUUGUAUGAUUAACGAAGCGGUAUAUCAUAUCAUAUUUAUUUAUAUAAUUAAGAUCUCUGUAAUAUAGAUAUGUAAAUAUAAUUAAUUUUAAUUAAUGAUGGGUUGUUUUUAACAGGUGAAUGAUAUAUAGCUAAUUGCUCAUAGUCACAUUACAUUCCAUAUUUAUUUAAAAUACCAGCUGAUUAGAGCGUACAGGAAAAAUCUAAAGCCGAACCUUAUUAUUACAAACGCGGAUAUAUCAGACACCGCAUCUUUCUCAAUAUCAUUUCAAACUUGGAUAUCUCGAAUAUCUCAUUAAAUUUGAGGUAAUUACAAAUGUGAAUAUCCAGAAUACCGCAUUUAGUUCGGAUUGUGCGGUUGAGUUAAUAACAUCGUUUGUAUUUAGGCAAAACGAGGCCAAGUAAUCCAAAGUCUGAACAUUAUUAAUAUGAGGAUCAUUUAUCCAAUAUAUUAACCUAUUUAAUCAAAAUAAUAUAAUUCAAAGCUUAACAACGUGUCAAGAAGUUUUAAUUGAACAUCGAAAGAAUAA